UCUGCGCACUAGCCGCCAUUUUCUGCACAAGAGUAAAAAAAUAGUGACAAGAAAACAAAAAAUGGAUUCUAGAAGACGAGGGAAAAGAAAAAGUCCGUCUCAGGAGAUCAUUUUCGAAGUGAGUGACAAUGAUAUAUCUUCAGAGAACUCGGAAGAUGAUUGUCAAGAACCAGAGGCCAAAAUCAGUAAGAUAGAUGGUAACAAUUUCACGUUGAAACUAAGCGAGCUUUCUAACCUACAAAAUAGCAAGGAAACAGUAAAUGUGGAAAUUUCAGUAAACCAGGAAAGAGAAAGCUUAAUUGAAAUUUCAGAACACAUUUCGGUGUCAAAUAGCAGCGCCGCAAACAGUUGUGGGAGCGGCAGUGAUAUCAUAGUUAUCAGUGAGGAUAACAUAGAUGUGUUAAACGAUAGCGAGGAAUAUUAUAUUGCACCUCGGGCAGAGUCUAUUGAAAAUUCCGAAGAUAAAUCCGUGGAUAGCAGUGAAAUUAUUGACAUUACUGAUGAGAUUCCAGUAGAUUUAACGGAACAAGAUCCUACAUCCCUAUCUCGGACCGAAACCAAUGCUGUUUCCACUGCUAACGAGAGUCCUAAGUCUUUAAACAAAGGGGAAGAGGGUAAUUUAGAGGAAGGAGAACUUGAUGAUAUUCAUAUCGAUGUCCAAAUAGAAGAACCGAUAGAUGUUACGAUAUCGCCUUCUGAAGCAAUAGGAAUUCAACUCCAACAAGCUGCAGAUCAAAUAGAUGCUACUAAUUCCGGUCCAUGUAUAUAUAUUAAUUUUAGUGAUGAAAACAUAGCCGAGUUGUAUAAAUCAAAAUUUUUAAAAUUCCUACAACAAUUUGUAGAGUUGGAAGUACAGAAUUCGGAAGGUCUCACAGUGAGCGUGCAAAGGGAUACUACAUUAGAGCCUAAGGAGUGGGUUGUCUUAGAUGAAACCUUAUGCCUGAACGAGGCUAAAGAACUAGAGAUACCAGAAAAACCUGUGGAAUUACCGCCGGUUACUUUUGAAAAAUCACCAAAGAAAAAAAGGAAAAAGAAGAAUAAGAAAGAAAAAGAUUUAUUCAUUCUAGACACCAAUCCUUCCCAGAAUGAAAACGGUGUACAAUUUACAAAGUACUUGACAAGAUUCCAGAUUGACAUUAACGAGAAAAGCACGGCCGAAGAUGAAACAGUAAAAAUAUCAGCUCAAACCUGUUUUAAUUGUGAUAGUAACCACGCCAUUAAAGAUUGUCCGUUACCCAAAGACUUCGCCAAGAUAAAUGCUGCCAGACAGAGGUUUAAGGCACAAAAGCAGACAGCGAGAUAUCACAUAGAGGAAGACCAGAAAUACAGCCACCUAAGUCCGGGAAAAAUAUCCGACAAGCUCAGAGAAGCACUGGGCUUACGAAAAAACCAGCUGCCUCCUUUCAUCUACCACAUGAGGAUGUUGGGUUAUCCUCCUGGUUGGCUGGAGGAUGCGAAAUUUAUUCAUUCCAAUUUAGCCAUGUUCGAUUCUGAAGGGAACAACGUCCGUGUCAGCACGAAGAAAACUCCUGGAUUGGACCCAGAGAGAAUCGUGGACUACCCCGGAUUUAAUGUCCCCAUUGAUAAUAAUAUGAAAGACGAAUACAGGCAGUACCGAGUCCCCCCUUAUUCCGAUACGUUCAGCAAACAAGCCAUGAUAGAAUUCUAUGAAAAACACUUUGCCAAGGAGCAGGACGAUUUUGAAACCUGCGAUAUGGAUCUGGACGCCACGUUUGAAGAGAAAGACAAAAAUCCCACAUUAGAGGUGGUGGAAGAAGUUGUCCUGGUGAAUCCUUUAAUAAACGACCUCAAAGAAAUGGAUUCCAACACGCCAUCACCUUCGUUGACCGAUUUAGAGAAGCAGAAGGAAAAUCUACUGGCGGCCCUAGAAGAAAACUCCAGCUCCAAUCCUAAAUCCGUGGAAACCGCUUGUGACGAUCCGGAAAAUUUCUCGGAGCAAGACAAAUCCAAGAACGAUCAAGGCGUUUCGGAAAAAGUCCCCGUUGGUAAAAUGUUGGUUAUAAGUGUAGAUAAAACCGAAGAUCCAAGCACGCCGCUACCUUCUCCGCCCCUGAAUAACAGCGUAAACUGCGUGAAAACCAGUAGUUUCGGUACUCCCAUCAUAAAGAGCAGUUCUCCCUAUUCCAGGUUGCCCAAUCCGGACAAUUUCAUGAAGAACGUGAGUCCGGUGAUAAAUUUUGAGAAUCUACCGAAUUCCACCGGCAAAUACGAGCAGAUGACGGGCGUUUUGCAGAAAGUAAGAAAUACUUUAAAGGGUUUGCAGAACUGUAAAUCAUGAUUUUACUUUUUCGGUUCGUACGAAGUAAAUAAGUACAAAUAAAUUUUGUAUAAAUUUUUAAUGUAGGUAAUUUCGAGAUAAUAAAAUGGAGUAUUUCAUUCAA